CACAAAUAUUCUACUAAAUGAUAAAAUGAUUCAGAAUGAUUGCUUCCGUUGGUAAUUCUGAACUUUAUUUUUCAAUGGUACUUGUACAGCGUUGCAAAUUACUAACAACCUACCUUCAUCUUACCCACACCAAAACAGUUAUUUUUGAUCAAUAGAUGUCGAGCAUGCUUGCGUAUCGGGACAUGUGAUAAAAUCAUCGAACAUAAAAGAAUAUAUCUUUAUAUUUCUACAUCUGAUAAUGAGUUUCUACCUAACAAAGUAGUAUUAAUCAAAUAAGUAACAUGUGGGUACAUAAGUGGUUAUGCUUUAAUUUGUAUAUUUUUGCUAAAACGCUGGUUAUUUUGGCUGAAGUAAUUACAUUAAUCGACGAAGAAAAAGUAACAUGCGUUUUUACUGAGGAAGAUGUUUAUUCUGCUUUCUAUAUUUGGAAAAUGGAAGCAAAUCUACCAAUAUUGCCAAUGAGAAAUCAAACUCCUGAGUUAAGCGACUGGGGUCAAGACGACUGGACUGUUUCUACUUCGUACUUACCCAUUUCCGAUAUUCGAUGGGAAAGUUUCGAAACUGUUAAUACGUCAAUACUCCUUCCUUUAAGUAAAAAAAGCAUUGACGCUUACUCCCUCUGCUUUAAGGAUCCAUUGAAUAUUACUGUGCACAGCAAGAAUUUUAGUAAUACCAGCGUUUUCAACAUUUCGCACCAAGUAGAUGCUAAAAUGUCACUUAACAAUAACAAAUUAUUUUCAAAUACAAAUUUUUGUGAGUGGUACCACUUGACAAUCAAUGUUACAGAACGUAAUUCUGUUGCUGAAUUCACCUCACUUCAGGAAUGGAAAAAUCCAAAAUAUAGUGAACACAACGAAAUCGGCUUUGCAGCGAAAUGGCUUACAUUCCCAAACAAUAUCUACGUGAAAGUCAAUAAUUAUACCAUCAAGUAUUCCAAUGCUACUACAAGAGAAAUCGCAUCUUACAUUAAACUACCACAGUCUUCAAAUUUGUGUAUUUCCCUGUUUGUAUCAAUCGACGAAGGUUGCUACCUAAAUAUAACCACCAAUACCAAUACAACUAAAGUUGAAGGAUUUAACAAAAAAGAUGUCCUGAAAUCCUGGAAGAGAAUCGAAAUACCAACAGAUAAUUUAAAGGCACCUGGAAUUUUGUCAUUCCAUAGAGGACGAAACGACAAUAACACAACUGGUUACUGGGCUAUUAGAGAUAUCAGGUAUUGCAGACCAAAAAAACUUGUAGAAAUCUUCACGCAUAAAAGAAAUGGAAAUGCCAAACAUAUUUGCAAAACUUUAAAUUCCACAUAUCUAGCGACUCAAAAAUUUUGUGAUGACAAAGAGGGUGGGUUGGGACAUAACUGUGUCUUAAGUUGUUCGGAAGUAAUAGGAAAUUCGUACAAAUAUUGUCAAAAUCAUACAAUAUGCUUAGAAAACGGGACUUGUUCAUGUGCUUCAGGAUACAAAGGACCAUCCUGCAGUGAAACGUGCGAACAAAAUAGAUGGGGACGGAAUUGUGCCAACUAUUGUAAGAAUUGUGAAACAUGUAACCCAAAAAAAGGUUGUAUCAAAUGCAAACCAGGGUAUCAUUAUAAUAACCAUUGUACCGAAAAACUUCCUGUUAUUUCUGAGGCGCCUAGCCUGUUGUCCAUUAGAGAAAAUUCAUUGAAAAUUUCGCUAAAUCUAACGUAUAAUAAAGAAGACGAAGCAAAACCAGAAUUUUAUCUAGUACAAUAUAAACGGGGCGACGAAAGUUUCUUCCAAAAUUAUUCAAAACCAGAAUUGUUUUCCAAUAUUGACAAAAAUUGUGUAAUAGAUGGAGUGGACACGGUAAAAUGGGAAUAUCAAAUAAGAGUAGUACUGCUGACAAUAGAUAGUCAGUCUUUUAUGGACAACAUUCCAGAACUGAGAACAUUCAAAAGUAAUUUAAGUGCGAGCAAAGACAAAAACUUAUUAACAUUAGCAUGGGUUCCCUAUGCGAAUAUAACUAGUUAUGUGUUAGACUAUGAGUUGUCUGAAGGAUUUUGUCCAACUUCUUACAAGAAAAAUGAGCGUGUAACAACUAAUAACUCCUCAGCUACAAUCAGUAAUAGUAGGAAUUACCUAUCCGUCAAUGUAAAGCUAUCUGGAAUCGUCAAGGGAAGCAAUAAAAUCCAAUUAUUGGAUGAAAUCACUUAUAGCAACGCAGGUGUAAAAGAAGAAGAAUUACCAGAAAUAAAAAAGAUCAGCUUGAUGAGAGAUAAUAUCAUCAUGAGAUUAAACGAUUGUCGAUAUUUUAGUGGUCCGUUAAAAUAUCACAUAACAUACAAAUGCCUCUCCAAGUGGUGUUCUAGUAGCUCAAAUCGUAACGAAAUCGUGGUAGUUAAUAACUACAACGAAACAAUAUCACAGAAUCUAGGAGGAUUAAUGCCUUAUACAAGCUAUAGCCUCACUGUAACUGCAAUUAGAGGCGAUAAAAAAAAGAGUUUACCACCGUUUACAAAAUCAACAUCUCCUGACAAACCUCGUCCAGUAAGAAAUUUAAGCAUUUACUGCACUAACGAAACUACAAUUUGGCUAAAAUGGAAAGAAAGUUACCCCCCAAGAGGGUAUAUCGAAAGCUAUAACAUCACUUAUGGCGAAAAAAAUGGUGAGAAGGGAUACUCUACUUUAACGUCUAGAUGUGCCCUGUUCGUCUGUGCUAACUUAACAGGGUUAAAAAAUGGAACAGAAUAUGAAAUUGAAGUCCGUGUGAAAAAUAUAAAUGUAGCAGAAUGGAGUGAACCAAGUAAAGUGAAAAACGUAACGAGAUAUAGCUGUGUACAGAGGGCAAUUGUAAUGGAUGAAACAUCGGUAGGAACAGUGGUCACUGUAACUGUUGUCCUCCUUUCUGGCGUUGCUUUAGUUUUAAUUGCACUUUAUUGCAACUAUUAUGCACCGAUAAAAUUCUUCAAGCGAGAAAACUGGUACAGACGUGGAGACAGAACAGUAUUUUUUGUUACUCAAGCUCACAAAAUCUCCGAAACGCUUGAAUUACACGAAGAAGUUCCCAUGAUUGCCCAAAAUGACGAGAAAGGCCGUUCGAUAAAAAUUAACGACUUUGAAGAUUACCUCUUCAAAAAUCUUGAAGAUAAUCCUGAUGAUAAUGAAAUAACACGACAGUAUCAGGCAAUAUCAGAUCCUCCCAAAGAACAAGAAUGUGCACGUAAAGUUGAAAAUGCCAGGAAAAAUCGUUACAAAACUAUCCUGCCUUAUGAUGAAACAAGAGUCAUUCUACGAGAGAGUGAAGAUGGAAACGAUUACAUAAACGCAAAUUUUAUCGAUGGAUACGAAACGCCGCAAGCUUUCAUCGCAACUCAGGCGCCGUCCUCCGGCACAGUUGAAGACUUUUGGCUGAUGAUUUGUGAACAAAACGUCUCAAUUAUAAUCAUGCUGACGGAGUUGAGGGAAAACGGCCGCAUUAAAUGCGUGCAAUAUUGGCCCGACUUUCAGUCAAGAUGCCGCUUUGGAAAAAUUUCACUGGAAAAUAUAUCGACAAAAAAUUUUCCGCAUUACAGUCGGCGAGAAAUUAAAAUUCACUACCGCAACAGGACUUAUUUUGUCCAACAUUUCCAGUACGUGACCUGGCCUGACCAUGGCGUCCCCCUGUGUCGUCAAGGUUUCACAAACUUCCUUAAAGAAAUAAUGGAAAUACCACAAACCUCCCCCAUAGUGGUCCAUUGCAAUGCGGGUUGUGGCAGAACAGGAACUUUUAUUCUGUGUGCCAUAGCCAUAAGUGUGGCCAAAAAAGAAAACGAAGUUAAUUUUUACAAGUUAUUGAAACACAUGAGGGAGCAAAGACCUCGAGUCGUGACAACAGCAGAUCAGUACAUUUUUGCACACUUUGUAGUUUUAGAAUAUUUCUACGGAAAAGAUUUCUCUAUUCCCAUCACAGCCAACUUCAAGGAUAAAGUACAAAGUGCCAUAGAAGAGCGUGCUUUAAAUAAUCUUGCAGAUCAGAUCGGUAAAGCUUUGACACAAUACUUAAGAACAAAAUUUCAGCUCAACCACCAGUUGACUGACGAAGAGAAGGCAAAAAAUCGUUUUUCUACCAUACUACCAGGUCACUCCCAAAUUUUCCUAUCGCUGUCUUCGCAAAAUCAUUCGAGUUACAUCAAUGCAGUCUCUGUAGAUUGCUACCGCUAUCCAAAAAAAUUCAUAGUAACGCAGCAACCACUACCCAACACAAUUAAAGAUUUUUGGAAACUAAUUGUUGAGUUUGAAAUAAACACCAUUGUUUCGCUUAAUGAAAUAGAAGAGGACGAUAAGUCCUGCCCGAGAUUUUGGCCAAAUAAAAGACAAGACGUCUUGGUUUACGAUAAUCUAAAGAUUACUCGUUUGGAGAGAACUAACCGAAAUAACGUAUUCCAGCUAAUAAGGGUUAAAAUCACCGACAACAAUGACUCUGAGAAAAGAAUUGUUACAAUUAUUAACAUGAAAGGUUGGAAACGCUUGACCGUACAACCUGAUAGUUUAAAUAAGUUGAUUAUUGUAUGGAAGGAGAUAAUUUCAGACCGUGCGAAAAUUGUUGUUACAUGCUAUGAUGGUGCAACAGCAAGUGGACUGUUUACGGCAUUAGCGUAUUUGCUUGAAAAAAUAAAUAUGGACCACAGCUGUGACGUUUUUAGUGCCGUUAAAACUGUUAGACAAAGUCGCGUCCAGUUUCUUCAAAAUAUUGGACAAAUUAAAUGUUUGUAUGAAGCCGCAGUGGAAUAUGUCGAAGAAUUCAACACAUACGGAAAUUUUGUAGAUUAAUUGUAAAGAUCAGCGAUUUUGAAUAAAUGAUCGCUUAUUAUGUUAAAAAAUAUAAACAAUAUAUGUUUAUUUUUCCAUUCACUAAAUCUCCAGGAUAGGAUGUAGUUCAAAGACUUGGUUAAUUCUAGGUUAAAAGAAUGGAAUCCCGCAAAACGAAGAAUUACUGAUUUAAAAUAACUGUAAAAAAGUAUUAGUAAAAUCAUCAGCGAUGAUCAGAUGCAUAGUACUCGUAAUAACAGAACUGCGAAUUAAAUGCAGACGACAAAGGGAACUUUCAAUGUGGAAAAACAAAUGUAAUGUUUGAAAAGAACUUUACUUAUCUUUACUUAGGCAAUCUUAUUAUAAUGAGAAAUACAACAAACAUUUAUUAAAUUAAUAAAUAUUAUUGUGCACUUAA